AUGGCUUUGGCUGCCCCCGCUGUAGCUCCAUUCGAAUGGACAGUCGACGCUGCAAGAGAAUUAAUUCGACUUCGACGCGAUAAUCAUGACGAUUUUGAGUUCGUUCCUAAUAAUCGCCAUGAAAGGAUAUGGAGAACCAUAUCCAACCAAUUGUUUCUUAAUAGAGGGCACUGGAUGUCGAGAUAUUUGAGAAAACGUGCCGAAAAGUUUGUGCUUGAGAAUUUGUUUGAAGAAGAUUUCUUUCUCGUUAGAGUUGAAGGAAAUCUUAAUAUAAGGUGUUAUAAGCUUCUUGAAGAUCUUAGAAUCUAUUUUCAAUUUGAGACAACAAGAAAAGGAAAACAUUAG